UACCUAUCGUGUUUUAUUUAAAUUAUAAAAGAUUUUGUGAUAAAACAAGUGUAUUUUUUUUUUUUUUGGCAAAAGGCUUUCUAGUGUAAGCAAGGAUUUAAAUUUUUAUUAUUAUUUUUUGAUCCUUGUUGGAUUAAUAAACAGCCGCCAAAAUUCUUGAUAAAGUGGCCUCAAUAGGCGCCAACACGCUUAAUUUUACGGAUUUGGGGAGCCCCUACGAGGGGCCCCCUAGCACACCGCAAUCGGGUAUGGAUGCACCCGACGCACCGCAUACCCCAAAAUAUAUGGACGGGGGCACAACAACAGCCAACAUACCGGGCAAAUCGGCUUUUGUUGAGCUGCAACAACAUGGCUAUGGUGCUAUCCGAAGUGGUUAUCAACACUUUGGACCCCAAGGUGGACAAGAUUCCGGUUUUCCAAGUCCUCGUAGUGCUUUAGGUUAUCCAUUCCCGCCCAUGCAUCAAAAUUCAUAUGCGUCAAGUUAUCACUUAAGCAGUUAUGCGCCACCCUGUUCGAGUCCGCCAAAAGAUGAUAAAUGUGAAGAUACAGGAUUACGGGUGAAUGGAAAAGGGAAAAAGAUGCGAAAACCUAGAACAAUUUAUAGUUCGUUGCAAUUACAACAAUUAAAUCGUCGGUUUCAACGGACGCAAUAUUUAGCACUGCCCGAGCGUGCCGAAUUAGCUGCUAGUUUAGGAUUAACGCAAACACAAGUAAAAAUUUGGUUCCAAAAUAGAAGAUCAAAGUACAAAAAAAUGAUGAAAGCCGCACAAGGUCCUGGUGCUGGUAGUGGAAUGCCAUUAAGUAGUGGACAAAAUCCUGGUUCCCAUAGUCCAAAUCAAAAUAUGCAUAGUGGCGGUAAUAACGGCGGUGGAUCGAAUAGCGGGUCGCCAUCUCAUUACCUACCUCCUGGACAUAGUCCGACACCAUCAAGUACGCCUGUGUCCGAAUUAUCACCUGAAUUUCCUCCAACUGGUUUAAGUCCGCCCACGCAAGCACCCUGGGAUCAAAAGCCUCAUUGGAUAGAUCAUAAACCUCCGCCGCAAAUGGUGCCGCAACCACCUCAUCCAACGCACCAGCCAACAUACCAUUCCACACCGCAAAUGGGUGGCUAUUGGUAUCAACCAGAAACAAAUCCGUCGUUACUAACCUUUGAUCCAGCGAAUGGUAAGGCCAACCAACAACUGGAACGACUUGUAGAGGUCCCGUUCUGGGGUGGCGUACAAAGAACGUACCACUGACUUAGAUGGCUGGCAUCGAGAUAAUAGUCAAAAGCGGUGGAAUGAGUCACUCGACACAACCUAUACCACUAAUGGACUUGCAGAUUAUUCCUGGUAUGGCCUGCCGUUUAACACCAAAACCGAUCCUAUUUACAUAGAUAAAUCGUAAAUUUACAAAUUUAAAAAUUAAAUAAAAAAAAAAAUACAAAAAAAAAUUAAAAAAAAAAACACCACAAUAAAUUAAGA